AUUUGAGUUAGCAAACUGGCUCAUGUUGGUUAAUUUCCUUCCCUUGCAUUUUCUUCCAUCUUUAGUUUGACCGGAGUAGUUUUUGUAACCCGAACAAGAAUUCCGCAGUCUCCAUCUUUACCGGAUGCCAAAGCUCCAUCUUUCACAGGCUCCUAUAAACUCUCGAUCAGCCGUUCUCGUCUGUCCCAAAGUCCCAGUCUAACUUCAAAUUCCUCAUAUUUAUGCUCUUACUCUGGAAGAUCAUCUGAAAAAAAUGGGGAAUAAAAUUGCUCGUACAACGCAAGCGUCUGCUACGGAGUACUACCUCCAUGACUUGCCGUCUUCUUACAACCUGGUGCUGAAGGAAGUUUUAGGCCGGGGGAGGUUUCUGAAAUCGAUUCUCUGUAAACACGACGAGGGGCUUGUAUUGGUGAAGGUGUAUUUCAAAAGGGGCGACUCCAUUGAUUUGCGCGAGCAUGAGCGACGCCUCUCACAAAUAAGCGAAAUCUUUGGUGGCAUCGAUCAUCCCCAUGUUUGGCCCUUUCAGUUGUGGGUGGAAACAGAUAAAGCUGCCUAUUUGCUGAGGCAAUACUUCUUUAAUAAUCUUCAUGACCGUCUUAGCACGCGGCCUUUCCUAAGUCUCAUUGAGAAGAAAUGGCUGGCUUUCCAGUUGCUAUGUGCAGUGAAGCAGAGCCAUGAACGUCGAGUCUGUCAUGGCGAUAUUAAAUGUGAGAAUGUGUUGGUCACUUCUUGGAACUGGCUUUAUCUUGCGGAUUAUGCAUCGUUCAAACCCACAUAUAUUCCACAUGAUGAUCCAUCCGACUUCUCAUUUUUCUUUGAUACUGGUGGAAGGAGGCGAUGUUACUUGGCUCCUGAGAGAUUUUAUGAGCAUGGAGGUGAGAUACAUGUUGCACAAGAUGCACCGUUAAAGUCAUCCAUGGAUAUCUUUUCUGCAGGGUGUGUUAUCGCUGAGCUUUUCCUUGAGGGCCAGCCUUUAUUUGAACUAUCCCAAUUACUUGCCUAUCGGAGAGGACAGUAUGAUCCUAACCAACUUCUGGAAAAGAUUCCAGAUUCAGGUAUCCGCAAGAUGAUCCUUCAUAUGAUUCAGUUGGAUCCAGAGUUGCGCUGUUCGGCUGAAAGCUACUUGCAGAGUUAUGCCGGUGUUGUGUUCCCAAACUACUUCUCGCCAUUUCUUCACAAUUUCUAUUGCUUGUUGAAUCCACUGAAUUCCGAUGCAAGGGUCUUGAUAUGCCAGACCUCUUUCCAAGAGAUACUUAAACAGAUGAGCAAUGGGCAACCAAAUGGGAAGAAUGCAUCCACUAUUUGCUUCUCUACGUGUGCAGCCAGUCAUGUGCUGCAAGGAAAGGAUACACAUCAAAGUUCAAACAAAUUAAAGGACUACUCGAAUAAAAGAGAGGGGAUGAAGAGUGGAUCAAUUCAUGAUCGGUUCGAUCUCCUUGGUGAUGUGAAUACUUUACUCACGGAUGUCAACCAAAGGAAUAUAUGUUCUGUUAACCCAAUGCUGGAGGAUGUAGCCAAUGCAGCAUAUUCUGAAUACCGGAUGCAUUGCGGCAUACAGUCUCCGGGUGAGCUGUUUCAGACAGUCUCCAAAGUGUUCAAGAGAAACCACCACCCAUUUUUGGAAAAAAUAACCGUGAAAGAUUUGACUUCUCUCAUGUCUGAUUAUGACAAUCAAUCAGACACUUUUGGGAUGCCGUUCUUACCUUUGCCUGAUGAUGUAUUGAGCUGUGAAGGUAUGGUUCUGAUUGCAUCAAUGCUGUGCUCAUGCAUACGGAAUAUAAAGUUGCCUUUUAUGAGAAGAGGGGCUAUACUUCUGCUGAAGUCUUGUUCGUUAUAUAUUGAUGAUGAAGACCGUUUGCAAAGAGUGCUGCCAUAUGUCAUUGCCUUGCUUCCAGAUCCAGCAGCAAUUGUUCGAUGUGCUGCAUUAGAAACUUUAUGUGAUAUUCUUCCUCUAGUUCGAGAUUUCCCUCCAAGUGAUGCCAAAAUUUUUCCAGAGUAUAUUCUUCCAAUGCUUUCUAUGCUUCCUGAUGAUCCUGAAGAGAGUGUGAGGAUCUGUUAUGCCAGCAAUAUAUCUAAGCUAGCCUUAACUGCCUAUGGGUUUCUUGUUCACUCAAUUAGUUUAAGUGAAGCAGGGGUUCUGAAUGAGGUGGAUUUAUCUCAGAAGGCUUCAGUCUCAUCCACUGAGCCAUCGGGACGACUACUGAGUCUGAACAGCAGUGACACACAGCUUGCACAAUUGAGAAAAUCAAUUGCUGAGGUCAUUCAGGAACUAGUGAUGGGCCCCAAACAAACCCCAAACAUUAGGAGAGCUCUCUUGCAAGAUAUUGGCAACCUUUGUUGUUUUUUUGGCCAGAGGCAAAGCAAUGAUGUCCUUUUGCCAAUUCUUCCUGCUUUCUUAAAUGACCGAGAUGAGCAGCUCAGGGCCAUAUUCUAUGGGCAAAUUACUUAUGUCUGUUUUUUUGUAGGCCAAAGAAGCGUAGAGGAAUAUCUUUUGCCCUACAUUGAUCAGGCAUUGACCGAUGUAACUGAAUCUGUCAUUGCCAAUGCAUUGGAUUGCUUGGCUAUUCUUUGCAAAAGUGGUUUUCUACGAAAGGCCAUCCUGCUUGAAAUGAUAGACCAUGCUUUUCCACUGCUUUGUUGUCCUAGUCAAUGGGUAAGAAGGGCAGCUGUUGCAUUCAUUGCUGCCAGCAGUGAGAGCUUAGGUGCAGUGGAUUCAUAUGUUUUUCUCGUGCCUGUUAUUCGCCCAUUCAUCCGAAGGCAACCAGCAUCUUUAGCUUCAGAAAAUUGUCUUUUCUCAUGCCUUAAGCCUCCUGUUCCAAGAGAGAUAUACUACAAGCUUUUGGAAAAUGCAAAAAGCUCCGAUAUGCUUAACAGACAGCGAAAGAUAUGGUAUAGUUUGUCAUCACAGUCCAAACAAUGGGAAACCCUGGACUUAAUCGAAAGAAAUUCUGCCGAAUUUGAUCAGAUGUCAUACUGGCCUGACAGAAAGAGCGACUGUCAAGGCCACAAUUUUGGCAAUGAUAAACCACUUGAUUCCUCUGACUGUGAUGCUAACGAGACCAAGUUAAGAGCGUUAGGAAGCUUGAUACAGAACCCCUCCAGCACAAUGGAUAAUCAGGAUCUGCUUUCCUCAGAAAAAAUGCAAUUGUCUGGAUUUGUAUCUCCACAAGUGAGUAGUAUGAGUGGCUUAAUUGAUAAACCUUCGGAGGGAAUACCAUUGUACUACUUCAAAGUUGACAACAAGGGAGCAGCUGGAAAUGGUCCUUCUGUUUCUGAUUCGUCAUUACCAUACACUAGUUUGUCGUUUGGUUCGUCAUCUAUGCCAUGGAUGGAUACAGUAAACAAGUCGUUUAGUUUGGCUAGUUCAGUUCCAGCACCUAAGCUUGUCUCAGGUUCGAUUAGCUUCGGCAACAACUCUACCCGAUUGCGGAGAGUUGUACAUGAAAUCGAGGACAGGGAAGCUGACCAAACGUCAUAUAUUGGUAACAAGUUUCAAGAUCUUGAUAUGUCUUCCACAAAAAAAGGGAUUUCCCUUACCAUGGAAGACCAGUUAACUGCAAAUGAUGGAACAGAGUUACCAUCUUUUGCUAGAAUGUCAACCGUUCCAGAUUCUGGGUGGAAGCCUCGUGGGGUGUUAGUUGCUCACCUACAGGAGCACCACUUGGCUAUAAAUGAUAUUGCCGUUUCAACAGAUCAAAGUUUUUUUGUGAGUGCAUGUGAAGAUUCAACUGUUAAGGUUUGGGAUUGCAAAAGGUUAGAGAAGGACAUCUCAUUUAGGUCAAGGUUAACUUACUCUUUAGGGGGAAGUAGAGCUUUGUGUCUUUGUGUACUCCAUGGUUCUGCUCAAGUUGUCAUUGGUGCUUGUGAUGGAACAAUACACAUGUUUUCUGUUGAUUACAUCUCUCGAGGACUGGGCAACAAUGUUGUUGAGAAAUACUCUGGUGUUGCUAAUGUGAACAAGCACGGUGUGGGAGAGGGUGCAAUAUUAAGCGUAUUGAACUACUCACCAGAUGGUGGGGCCUGCAAAAUGAUUCUGUAUAGUACCCAAAAUUGUGGGCUCCACAUCUGGGAUGCAAGAACUAGCGCAAAUGCCUGGAGCUCAAAUGUUUAUCCUGAGGAGGGUUAUGUGUCUUCUCUUGUUGCAGGUCAUUGUGGGAAUUGGUUUGUGACUGGGUCAUCAAGGGGUGUACUCACACUUUGGGAUCUCAGGUUUUGUGUACCCGUCAACUCAUGGCAGUAUUCUCUCACUUGCCCUAUCGAGAAAAUGUGUCUUUUUGUUCCUCCAUCAAGCACCUCCUUGUCUGCCGCAGCAAGACCUCUUGUUUAUGUUGCAGCGGGCUGUAAUGAAGUCUCUCUGUGGAAUGCAGAAAAUGGGAGCUGUCACCAGGUAUUGCGGGUGGCAAGUAACGAGAACGAGGCUGAAAACCCCGAUUUGCCCUGGGCUUUGGCAAAACUCUCCAGCAAAGCUACUACUUCUAAGCAAGAUAAAAGAAGAAACCAAAAUUCGAAGUAUAGAGUUGAAGAGUUGAAUGAGUUUCCUCCACGUCUUCCUGGAAUUCGUGCUCUGCUUCCAUUACCCGGUGGGGAUUUGCUAACAGGGGGCACCGACUUAAAAAUACGUCGUUGGGACCAUUGCAGCCCUGAACGAACGUAUUGCGUCUGUGGACCAUCUGUUAAGAGAGUUGCAAAUGAUGAUUUUUAUGAGGUGAAAUCUAGCUUUGGUGUUCAAGUUGUACAGGAGGCAAAGAGACGACCCUUAGCACCCAGGUUAACUGCUAAGGCCAUCCUGUCAGCCGCUGCCACAGAUUCUGCUGGUUGUCACCGGGACUCCAUUCUCUCUUUAGCCUCUGUGAAGUUGAACCAGAGACUACUGAUAUCCAGCUGUAGGGAUGGUGCCAUAAAGGUUUGGAAGUAAAGGAAUAACAUAGCUUUGUUGUUUACUGUAAAUAUAUUUAACGUAUAAUUUUUAUGCUAAAAAUAUGUGCAUUGUAUAUAGAAGAUCCACGAUAAGAUAGCUCAGAUCUAGUUUCCUAUUUGAAUUUAUUUUUCCCUCAUACCUGUAAAAAUUUAUGAUUUUGUAAUAUUUGGCGGCUAGGAAUUAAUAUGUUGUAUAGAAACGUAGAGAAUAGAGAUUGAUCAGUGUCGCUCUACAACUCUACAAGGACGACGUACGUUAUUUCAUGAAUUGUGUGAACACUACUACGUUUUUUUACUUCAAGUAAUGACGAUAUUUUAAUGUUAUGAUCAUCACAUAAUCACUGUAUCACACUACCUUCAUUGCAGUUUUAUUUAUAUUAACACUUUU